ACGCUUCACCACAACACAACAUCGCCGAGAACAUUCUCUCCUAUGUGGCUAUUAACUCGUUCUCACACCGAGGCGCACAAGGCAAGAACCAGGAAGGAGGAAAAUGUCAGAACUUCAAGAAGUAGCCCAGGAAGGAUCUCAGGAAGCCCAGGAAGGAUCUAAGGAAGCCCAGGAAGCCCAGGAAGGAUCUCAGGAAGCCCAGGAAGGAUCUGAGGAAGACCAGGAAGGAUCUAAGGAAGACCAGGAAGCCCAGGAAGCCCAGGAAGGAUCUCAGGAAGCCCAGGAAGGAUCUGAGGAAGACCAGGAAGGAUCUCAGGAAGCCCAGGAAGGAUCUCAGGAAGCCCAGAUGGACGAGGUUGAAACCUUUGCCUUCCAGGCAGAAAUUGCCCAACUGAUGAGCUUGAUCAUCAACACUUUCUACUCCAACAAGGAAGUAUUCUUGAGAGAGCUGAUUUCCAACUGCUCCGAUGCUUUGGACAAGAUUCGUUACGAAUCUCUCACAGACCCAUCCAAACUGGAUGGCAACAAAGACCUGCAGAUCCGAAUUGUUCCUGACAAGGAGAACAAUACCCUUGUCAUCGAGGAUAGCGGUGUUGGUAUGACCAAAGCCGAUCUUGUCAACAACCUUGGUACUAUUGCCAAGUCUGGAACAAAAGCUUUCAUGGAGGCCCUGCAGGCUGGCGCUGACAUCUCUAUGAUUGGACAGUUUGGUGUGGGUUUCUACUCCGCCUACCUUGUUGCAGAGAGGGUGGUUGUCGAGUCGAAACACAAUGAUGAUGAACAGUACAUCUGGGAGUCAUCAGCUGGAGGGUCGUUCACCAUCAGAACUUCAAAUGAUCCCACCCUCCCUCGUGGGACUCGAAUCAUCCUUCACAUGAAGGAAGACCAAGCUGAAUAUCUGGAGGAGCGUCGCAUCAAGGAGACAGUGAAGAAGCACUCCCAGUUUAUUGGCUACCCCAUCAAGCUGAUGGUUGAAAAGGAGAGGGAGAAGGAGGUGUCUGAUGACGAGGAAGAUGAGAAGAAAGAAGAUGAUGAGAAGAAAGAAGAUGAGGAGAAGAAAGAAGAUGAGGAAGAGAAUGAGGAUAAACCCAAGGUAGAGGAUCUUGAUGAGGAUGAAGACAAAAGCAAAGACAAGAAGAAGAAGAAGAAAAAGAUCAAGGAAAAAUACACAGAAGAUGAAGAGCUGAACAAGACCAAACCACUGUGGACCAGAAAUGCAGAUGAUAUCACCAAGGAAGAAUAUGCCGAGUUCUACAAGUCCUUGACAAAUGAUUGGGAGGACCAUCUUGCUGUCAAGCACUUCUCAGUGGAAGGCCAGCUGGAGUUCCGUGCUUUGCUGUUCCUGCCCAAGCGAGCUCCAUUUGACAUGUUUGAGAACAAGAAGAAGAAGAAUAACAUCAAGCUGUAUGUGAGACGUGUGUUUAUCAUGGACAACUGUGAAGACCUCAUUCCAGAGUACUUGAACUUUGUGCGUGGUGUAGUAGACUCUGAGGAUCUUCCUCUCAACAUAUCCAGAGAGAUGUUGCAACAGAGCAAAAUUCUGAAGGUUAUCCGUAAGAAUCUGGUGAAGAAAUGCAUGGAACUUUUUGAUGACAUCAUGGAAGACAAAGACAACUUCAAGAAAUUCUAUGAACAGUUCAGCAAAAAACUCAAGCUUGGUAUCCACGAAGACUCCACCAACAGAAAGAAGCUGUCACACCUGCUCCGAUACUACACUUCUAAGUCAGGAAACGAGGUGACCUCCCUGAAGGACUACGUGUCUCGCAUGAAGGAAAACCAGAAAAGCAUCUACUACAUCACAGGUGAAAGCAAGGACUCAGUUCAGAACUCUGCCUUUGUUGAGAGAGUGAAGAAGAGGGGAUUUGAGGUGAUCUACAUGACCGACCCUGUUGAUGAGUACUGUGUUCAGCAACUGAAGGAGUAUGAUGGCAGGACUUUGGUGUGUGUCACCAAGGAAGGUCUGGAACUGCCAGAGGAUGAGGAAGAAAAGAAGAAACUGGAGGAGGCCAAGGCUCAGUUUGUAGGACUGUGCAAGGUCAUGAAGGAGAUCCUUGACAAGAAAGUAGAAAAGGUUGUGGUUUCCAAUCGUCUGGUUACCUCCCCUUGCUGUGUUGUCACAAGUCAGUAUGGCUGGUCAGCCAACAUGGAGAGAAUCAUGAAGGCCCAGGCACUGCGAGAUAACAGCUCUUUUGGCUACAUGGCAGCUAAGAAACACUUGGAGAUCAACCCAGACCAUCCCAUUGUGAAGACGCUGAAGGAGAAGGCAGCUGCAGACAAGAAUGACAAGGCAGUGAAAGAUCUGUGCAUGCUGCUGUUUGAAACCUCCCUCCUUGCCUCUGGCUUCUCCCUGGAAGACCCAACAUCACAUGGCAACAGGAUACACAGGAUGAUCAAGCUGGGUCUAGGAAUUGAUGAAGAUGAUAUCCCAUCAGAAGUUGCAGUAGAAUCUGGCACGGAUGAGAUGCCACCACUUGAAGGGGAUGAAGAUGAAGAUGAUGCAUCAAGGAUGGAAGAAGUUGACUGAGCAACAUUUCAGCAACGAAGUUGUUUUUUAUCAGAAUCAUUUCAUAAAUAGAAGUCAGUAUUUUCAGCUGUCUUUAUUCUCACGUGUCAGCUGUAGGAAUCAGUGAGUUUGACAUUUUUAUAAUUAUUGUUAUUGUUUCUGUUGUUUGAGAUGUAAUAUUUUACAUGCUGAAAAAUCUUCUUUGAUGCAAAGGAAAACCCCAGUCUUGUAUUUGUAUGCCUUGGCUCUUAGCGCUACACACCUUGUAUUUUUCUUUUAAUGUUCCUUGCUGGUGGUGUGACUCUUUCAUAUUCAAGAAAAUAUAUUUCCUCCUUCUUUUUAAGAGUGACUAACUAAUAUCUGAUUUCAGGCUUGAUUACUGCAAUAAUGUUUGCCUAUUCUUAAUUGAUGCAAUUGAUCAAUAUAUUGUUUGCCAUUAGUGGUGUUCCGAUCGGUUACCCUUUUCCGAUGCGAUCAUCUAUUGCAAAAUUUCAUAAUCGAUUGUCGCUAAUAAUACUUACAAAAACAGCGAUGAAUACCCAACUCAGACCCCAAGACAACUUGCAGUUACCGAUAAUUAUAACUUCUAUUAUUCACAGAAAUCACAAUCAUAUUGUGUCUACUCACGCCUCAAAAUGAAGUGUAAAAAUGGAUACGCAUAUAUAUAGUACUUCGUUUUGCAAAAUGACAUAUUUAUUGCAGCUGGCGAUCACAACAAACUGGCAUGUGUAUUUCACCUCAUUCCAUGCACAUACAACUUCAGCUUACCAUGUUCGUGAGGGUCCAUAUAACCUUAGUAUUGAUAUACAUAUUUUACAUUUAAAGAGCAAAACCUGUAAGUAAAAUUACACAAUGCUAAGAUAUAUUUCUCUUGGUAAAAUAAUAGUUUUAGAUGUUCACUGCGUCGGAAUUCAUUCCGUUGUAUUAUUGGGUAUGUUUUAACUAGAUCACCAGGAAGCGUGUUCACAGCUGAUUGCUAAUUCCCGGCUUUACAUACGAUCCUCAUGCAAUUUAUCUGCAUAAGGUUUGCAGUUUGUUUCCCCCAAGUUAGGAGACCACGUCUUCGAUGUUACCAUAUAUAUAUACAUGUGAGUCUAAACUUUUGAUGGGUAGUAUAUAUCUUGCUAGCCUGUCAGUAUUUAUUUUUGUACACAUUUUUUGUUGAUCAAUGUAGACUUGGGUUGUUUGUGAUUUUGUACAAUCUUGCCUCAAAUGACAAUUAAAACUUAUGAAACAUAUUAUAUUCGGGAGUUUUGGGGUUCUUGUAGAUGCCCCCUCAAGUCACGUUUUUCACAGAAACCAACCACAAAAGCUGAUAUAUUUCAUUUAAUGCUCACUAUUAUCACAUAAUUUAAAAAAUGACAAAUACACAGUAUUGCAGUAUUGUAACAGAGUUCAAUGUUUACCUGGGAAUUCCACAAGUUGUUAAGGAUAUUUAAUUCUUAAUCAGUGUAACCGAUUAUACAAUCAAUGGGACAAUCCGAUAGCAACCGA